AUGGCACUUGUCGAGAUCAAGCAACCGACCUUGUCGCAAAGUUCCCCAACGGUCGAAGAGAAGCAACCCGAAUCCGCGAAUACUAGACCUUCGUCAGUACUGGUCACACCUUGUGACCCAUGGCCAAGACCCUACUAUCUUGAAAACGGUCUGCGACGUGUUGCGCCGUAUCAUUUUACAUACAAUACAUACUGCAAAGAAAGAUGGAGAGGACGUGAGCUUCUGAAUGUAUUCUCCAGCGAAUUUCGUGAUAGGCCGCAAGAAUAUUAUAAAGAUGCAAUCGAGCGCGGAGUUGUAGUCGUGAAUGGAAAACAAGUCCCGACGAGCCAUAUUGUCAAAAAUGGCGACGUUAUUUCCCAUACUCUUCACCGACACGAGCCUCCUGUCACCGCACUCCCAAUUGGUAUAAUACAUGAAGAUGAUGAUAUGAUAGUCAUCAAUAAACCGACCGGAGUGCCCGUUCAUCCUGCUGGCCGGUAUAAUUAUAAUUCCGUGGUCGAAAUCAUGCGCGCCGAGCGAGGGUAUGGCUGGAACCCAUUGCCUUGUAACAGGCUUGACAGGUUGACUAGUGGGAUUAUGUUUAUUGGUAAGCACCCCAAGGCUGCAGAGAAGCUCAGUCUUGAAAUACAAGCGCGAACCGUCCGAAAGGAGUAUAUAGCGCGAGUCCAAGGCGAAUUUCCAGAUGGUGAAAUCGUUUGUGAUAUGCCAAUUCUACAAAUAUCGCCGAAACUGGGUUUGAAUAGAGUACGUGCAAACGGGAAAGCUGCUCGAACCGUUUUCAAAAAGCUGGCGUACUAUCCACCUAGGCCCGUCCAGAACAUAGACACCAUCGCCGAGAAAGCUGGCCAACGUGUCCCAGACAGCGAGCUGUCUAAAGACCAAGGGUACACUAUCGUCAGAUGUCUUCCCGUGACCGGACGAACUCAUCAGUUAAGGGUUCACUUGCAAUUCUUGGGUCAUCCGAUCGCGAACGAUCCUAUCUAUGCCAAUCGAAGAGUUUGGGGGUCGAGUCUAGGAGCGAACGAUCGCGAUGGCUCGCAGGACACCGAUGAGGACAUAAUAACUCGUCUUUCUCGUAUGGGAAAGAGUGAAGUCGCAGAUGCUGUAGCGUACCAUGAUGAGAUGGUUGAAGAGUAUGAAAAGAAGAAAGCUGAAAAAAUGUCGGGCGAGCUCUGCGACGUAUGCCAGACACCUCUCUACACCGACCCCGGGCAGCAGGAACUUACUCUAUGGCUCCAUAGCCUUCGCUACGAAGAUGCUGGCGGUUCGUGGAGCUACGUCAGCCCUCUACCAACGUGGGCUAUGCCUCCAGACGGCAUGGAGGGACCGACAGAGGUUGGAGGCAUGGACGAACUGGUGAUAGCCGUGAAAGAGGAAAACCCCGAAAUCGCAUAA